AUGAGUGGGGAAAAAUGCAACAGAUUAAUAUGUCCAAUCACUUUACAAGACAAGGACUUUGAAAGGGAAUGCAAUCUUGGUCCUGAAAAAAUAGAAUUCAAGUGUCCCCUGAAUCACAUCAAAUGUAUUGGCUCAAACAGAUGUAUUCACAUGUCUCAACUCUGCAAUGGCGUUUAUGAUUGUCCUGAUGAAUAUGAUGAAGGAGUGCACUGUCGAGAAUUGCUACCCAAAUGUGAACAAAUGCAGUGCCAAUACAAGUGUGCCAUAUCCAUGAACGAAACUAGAUGUUAUUGUGAGGAAGGAUAUGAAGUUGGCAGAGAUGGAAAAACCUGCCAAGAUUUUAAUGAAUGUAAUUUGUAUGGACUCUGUAGCCAAACAUGUCAAAAUACUGAUGGAUCAUACGUAUGCAGCUGUGUGGAAGGAUAUCUCCUUCAACCAAACAAAAAGUCUUGCAAAGUGAAAAAAGAACCUAAUGAUCUUCCACCUCUACUGUUGAUUGCAAACUCGGACACUAUUGAUGUCCUAUACGUAAAUGGAACCAGAACAUCCACCUUUGGAUUUUUGAGAGGAAGUGGAAUUCAGACGCUGGAUUAUAUACACAAUAAGAACACACUCUGUUGGAUGGAAUCAAGAGAAUCUUCAACUCAGUUAAAAUGCGUUGAGACAUCAAAAACUGGAAAGCUGACUGACGAAUGGAUAAUUAGCAGCAUUCCUAAUCUUCAUAAUAUACGGCAUAUGGCAGUUGACUGGCUCACGGGCAACUUCUACUUUGUGGAUCAUACCAGUGACACAAUCUUCGUAUGCAACUUCAAUGGAACUGUGUGUGUUACCCUGAUUGAUCUUGAUCUUCAUAAUCCCAUGGCAGUUGCUGUGGAUCCCACUUUGGGAAAGCUCUUCUUCACAGACUAUGGAAAUGUCGCUAAAAUUGAGAGAUGUAAUAUGGAUGGCAUGAACAGAACAAGGAUAGUAAUAUCUAAAAUAGAGCAGCCAACUGCUCUUACACUUGACCUUGUCAGCAAAUAUGUUUACUGGGUAGAUGACUAUCUUGACUUUAUAGGAGUGGUUGACUACCAAGGACAUAACAGGCAAACUAUAAUUGAAGGCCAACUGGUUACGCAUCUAUAUAGUUUAGCAGUAUUUGAAGACUAUUUGUAUGCAACAAAUUCAGACAACUUCAGUGUCAUACAAAUUAACAGAUUUAACAGCAGAGAUACAAAGUUCUUAAUGAGACUUGAAAAUGCUAAAGAUAUCCUUGUUUACCACAAGAGAAUACAGCCAACAGUAAGAAGCCAUGCGUGUGAACUAGAUCAGCAUGGAAGGCCAGGUAGAUGUUCACACAUCUGUUUGCUUAGCAGCAGUUAUAAAAGCAGGACUUGUCGCUGCCGGAUGGGCUUUGUCUUGGGAAGUGAUGGCAGAACAUGCAAAAGACUAAAGAAUGAAUUGUUCCUGUUUUAUGGGAAAGGACGUCCAGGCAUCAUACAAGGAAUGGAUCUAAAUACCAAAAUAGCUGAUGAACAUAUGAUCCCUAUAGAAAAUUUGGUCAAUCCUCGAGCUUUGGAUUAUCAUGCUGAAACCAAUUACAUAUACUUUGCAGACACUACCAGUUUCUUGAUAGGACGUCAAAAAGUUGAUGGCUCUGGCCGUGAAACAAUCCUGAAGGAUGACCUCGAUAAUGUAGAAGGCAUUGCAAUAGACUGGAUUGGAAAUAAUUUGUUUUGGACAAAUGAUGGUUACAGGAAAACAAUUAAUGUUGCCAGGCUAGAGAAAGCUUCUCAGAGUCGUAAAACUCUACUGGAAGGUGGCAUGUCUCACCCACGAGGAAUUGUGGUGGAUCCGGUUAAUGGUUGGAUGUAUUGGACAGAUUGGGAAGAAGAUGAAAUAGAUGAUAGUAUGGGAAGAAUUGAGAAAGCAUGGAUGGAUGGUAACAACCGUCAAAUAUUUGUGACACUAAAGAUGUUGUGGCCAAAUGGAUUAACUCUGGAUUAUCAAAAUAAUAUAUUGUACUGGUGUGAUGCCUAUUAUGAUCAUAUUGAAAGAAUAUAUCUCAAUGGAAGUGACCGCAAGGUGGUCUACAGUGGAAAAGAAUUGAAUCAUCCAUUUGGACUAUCACAUCAUAGAAAUUAUAUUUUCUGGACAGAUUAUAUGAAUGGUUCUAUUUUCCAACUGGAUUUGAUAUCUAGAAAUGUGACUCUUCUGAAAAGUGAGAGAUCCCCUCUCUUUGGGUUGCAGAUUUAUGAUCCCCAGAAGCAACAAGGUGACAACGCAUGUCGUAUUAAUAAUGGAGGCUGCAGUACCCUGUGUUUAGUGAUACCUGGAGGCAGAAUGUGCGCUUGUGCUGAUAAUCAUCAUUUGGAGGAAAACAGUACAACCUGCAUGUUUAAUUCUGAAGAAGUAUUGCCUAAGCUAUGCAAAGUGGGUGAAUUUCAGUGCAGGAACAAGCGCUGCAUCCAAGAUGGCUGGCGAUGUGAUGGUGAUGAUGAUUGCCUGGAUGGCUCUGAUGAACAUUCAGACAUUUGUUCAUAUUCAGUGUCUGCUACUGAUAGCUCUGCUGCUACUAUAUUAUUGCACUACAAUUGGGAGUACACCUUGAUGGUUCUUUGGAGAACACGGCUUUUAUCUUCUUAG